CUCAGACCUUAACGGGCCCCCGCCAGCCGGCGGCAAAGCGAGACCCCAGUCGUCUGGACGUCUCCACUUUCCAAGCAGGCCCCCAUAGGACCAGGCCGGGGCGUGGCGGGCAUGACGGAUGCCUAGAACGUGGAUUUGUCUGGAGCUGACAGUGAGGCCCUAAAACAAAGAAGAACACAAAUCAUGUCCCGAGGACUUCCAAAGCAGAAACCAAUAGAAGGUGUAAAGCAAGUUAUAGUUGUGGCUUCUGGAAAAGGUGGAGUUGGAAAGUCUACUACAGCAGUGAACCUUGCACUUGGACUAGCAGCGAAUGAUUCGUCAAAGGCCGUUGGAUUGCUAGAUGUGGAUGUGUAUGGCCCUUCGAUUCCAAAAAUGAUGAAUCUGAAAGGAAAUCCAGAAUUAUCACAGAACAACCUAAUGAGACCUCUUUUGAAUUAUGGUAUUGCUUGUAUGUCUUUGGGCUUCUUGAUUGAAGAGACUGCACCAGUUGUUUGGAGAGGCCUUAUGGUAAUGUCAGCCAUUGAGAAACUGUUGAGGCAGGUAGAUUGGGGUCCACUUGACUAUUUAGUUGUUGACACACCACCAGGAACUGGAGAUGUGCAGUUAUCCAUCUCACAGAAUAUUCCCAUUUCAGGUGCUGUGAUCGUCUCUACGCCCCAGGACAUUGCAUUGGUGGACGCACAUAAGGGUGCUGAGAUGUUUCGGAAAGUCCAUGUGCCUGUUUUGGGCCUUAUCCAAAAUAUGAGUGUUUUCCAGUGUCCAAAAUGUAAACACAGAACUCAUAUUUUUGGUGCUGAUGGUGCAAGAAGACUAGCACAGACCCUUGAUCUUGAUAUUCUAGGAGACAUUCCCUUACAUCUUAAUAUAAGGGAAACUUCAGAUACAGGCCAGCCGAUUGUGUUUUCACAGCCUGAAAGUGAUGAGGCCAAAGCUUACCUGAGGAUUGCUGCAGAAGUAGUAAAAAGAUUGCCGCCACCUCUAAAGUGAGUUCCGCAAGUGUUCUGGAAUUUUGCCUGGUGCUUAACAAUAAGAAGACCUUUGGAAGUCAGCAAUGUGGUUAUGAAACGUACAGGAAUAGUAGUAAUCAUAGUUGUUUUCUUGUACUUCUAAGGAAAUAAUGUCUUAUGUUCAGAUUUGAUUUGCUAAGCAGUAACUCACAAAUAAAAUUUUUAUAUAUCAAUGCUAACCACUACAUUUAGGAAUUUACUGAAAGCUGGUGUGUACCAACUGCACAGACUGCAUUUUAUUUUAAUGAAUUACCUCUUGGGGAAUCAGGAGUUUGUGUUAGAAGCCCAAUCUUCCAGUCAGGAAAGAACUGUGUUCUUUUUACGGGACUACAGAGUAGUCAUUUAAAGGAUUUACUAAAUUCGUGUGCUGAUAUAAGUAUGACAACACUCGGGAACCCUGGGUGGCGCAGCGGUUUAGCGCCUGCCUUUGGCCCAGGGCGCAAUCCUGGAGACCCGGGAUCGAGUCCCACGUCGGGCUCCCGGUGCAUGGAGCCUGCUUCUCCCUCUGCCUAUGUCUCUGCCUCUCUCUCUCUUUCUCUGAUGACUAUCAUAAAUAAAUAAAAAUUAAAAAGAAAAGUAUGACAACACUCUGUCAGUUUGGUCUGGAUUUAAAUCCUGCCUUGGACUAUCUUGGACACAUUCAUAAUAUAAAUAAACCUUUACUUCAUCUGGACCAAGUUUACCCUAGACUUACUAAAUAUAAUCUGCUGGGGUGGGGCCUGGACAUGUGUAUUUUUAACAAGAUCAUAAUGAUUUUGAUUCUGAUUCUGAUAGAAAUAGAAUAAUAGGUAACAUUUAUCAAGUGUUUUCUUAUGUCCUUAUAAUUAAUCUUCCAUUCAUAUGAGUGAGGUAAUGUGUUAUCUCUGCUAUAUAGAUGAGAAUACUGAGAUAUGGGAGUGUUAAGUGUCUUGCUGAAGGUUACUAUUUCAGCAAGUGAUGGAGCUGGAAUUUGAACUUGAGUGGUAGGAUACUGGAUCCUUCCUUUUUUACACAAAGAACAUUCAUUUGUUUCAAAAGAGAGAAACAUGGUAUUCAGCAUUUCUUAAAACUUCUGAGACCAUGAAACUGACCCUUUCCCCAUUUAGGACCAUUUUGUGGAGUUCAUAUUUCAAAUGAUACACUUUGAAAAACACUUGUCUUGUCUAGUUGAGGCUCAGAGAAAUUCAGAGGGCUUUCCAAGUUUAGGUAGCAAGAUAGUUACAAAGCUGCAAAUACUGAUAAGAAUCAGUAGUUGAUAAAGAAGCAGUCUAUGACCUUUGGCAAAUACCUUGACAUCUUUUGUUUUGUGUCUGGCUUAAAUAGCCAGAAAAUUAGUCAAAGAGUUGCAUGUCAUUAUAAACAUGUUUUCACACACUUAUGUUCACAUAAAAAACUACAUGAGUGUUCAUAGAGGUUUUAUUUGUAAUAGUAAAAAACAAUGCAGAGUUUUUCAAUGGGCAAAUAGUCAAACUGUGAUAUAUCCAUACCAUAGAAUACUACCUAGCAAUACAAAAGAACAAACUAUGGACAUAUGCAACAGUGCGUAUGAAUUCCAGAGAACUAUGCUGAAUGAAAAAGCCACUCCUACAAGGUUUUAUGCCAUCUGGCUCCAUUUAUGGAACAUUCUUGAAAUUAUAAAAUUAUAGAACUGGAUAACAGAUUAGUGGUUUCCAGAGUUUAAGGGGGAGAGUUGUGUGACUAUAAAACGGCAACAUAAGGAAUCCUUGUGAUGAUGGAAAUGUUCUAUAUUGUGACUAUAUCAAUGUCAGUAUCUUGGGAGAUAAUUGUACUAUAAUUUUGCAAGAUGUUAUUGUUGGAGGAAAUUGGAUAAAAGGGCACAGUGAAAUCUGCAUUGUUUCUUACACUGCAUGUGAGUCUACAAUUACUUCAAAAUAAAAAUAAAAGUUUAAUUAAACACACACUGCUGUGACUGCACUAAAAGGACUUGAGCCAAAUUAUCCAUGCUAAUUAAAAUCAUGAA